AUGCCGUCAGUGUUGAAUUUUUUCUCUGUUCUUCUUAUAUUCGGUAUUCUGGAGCCAAUUCUGUCUGAAAAUACUCAGCUAUGCGAAGAGCUACCGAAAGUACUCGAUUCGAAUGCGAGCUGCUGUGAACCUCCCCAGUUCGACGAUGACAAAAUCAUCGAGGAUUGUAUGAAACAGUUCAACAGUACGAACUACACUGAAGGCGAAAGAUACUGUAAGGUUUCCGAUUGUAUUUUCAAAAACUGCAACUUCCUCAAGCCCGACGGAUCGGUGGACAAGGUCGUCAUGAACAAAUAUUUCGAAGAGCAUCUUCGCAAGAACCAUAACGACUGGGUUAACCUCUUCAAAACGGCGGCCAUUGAACCGUGUGCCAGAAUGAUCGAGGAAGACUUUGAGCAAAUUCAAACCUUCCUGGAGGUCAACAAGGUGGACAUUCUGCCCAGCUCGUCGCAGUGUGCCGUGAAGCAUACUUUGAUGUUCUUCUGCAUGGAUCUGAAUCUGGUGGCUAACUGUCCUUCAAAAUAUGCAACUGGUGGCGCUGAAUGUCAAGAUGGACGGAACUUUUUGAAGAAAUGUGUAAAUUCAACCGAAAGAUUCCUGCAGUUCAUAAAUAUAAAAGCUCGUUUUAUUGAAUAAAUAAAUAACCAAUUCUCUAUAGAUUGUUGAUUAUG